AUGAACAGUGAUCUGCGAUUAAAAUUUCUUGAAGUAAUCAAGCCCUUCUGUGUUAUCUUGCCUGAAAUCCAAAAGCCAGAACGGAAGAUUCAGUUUAAGGAAAAGGUACUAUGGACGGCUAUCACACUCUUCAUCUUCUUAGUAUGCUGCCAGAUUCCCUUGUUUGGUAUCAUGUCGUCAGACUCAGCAGAUCCUUUCUACUGGAUGAGAGUGAUUUUGGCGUCAAAUAGAGGCACGUUGAUGGAGCUGGGCAUUUCACCUAUUGUCACUUCUGGGCUCAUUAUGCAGCUCUUGGCAGGUGCCAAGAUAAUUGAAGUUGGUGACACCCCAAAGGACAGAGCACUCUUCAACGGAGCACAGAAAUUGUUUGGAAUGAUCAUUACCAUUGGACAGUCUAUUGUCUAUGUAAUGACUGGAAUGUAUGGAGACCCAUCUGAGAUGGGUGCUGGUAUCUGCUUGCUUAUCACAAUUCAGCUUUUUGUUGCUGGAUUGAUAGUUCUGCUCUUGGAUGAGCUCCUUCAGAAGGGAUAUGGUCUCGGUUCUGGCAUCUCUCUCUUCAUUGCUACCAAUAUCUGUGAGACUAUUGUGUGGAAAGCAUUCAGCCCCACGACGGUGAACACAGGACGAGGCAUGGAAUUUGAGGGAGCCAUCAUUGCUCUGUUCCAUCUUCUGGCUACUCGUACAGACAAAGUCAGAGCUCUCCGUGAGGCCUUCUACCGUCAGAAUCUCCCCAACCUUAUGAAUCUGAUUGCCACCAUUUUUGUCUUUGCUAUUGUAAUUUAUUUCCAGGGCUUCAGAGUGGAUCUUCCUAUCAAAUCUGCUCGCUACCGUGGCCAGUACAACACCUACCCCAUCAAGCUGUUCUAUACUUCCAACAUUCCCAUUAUUCUUCAGUCCGCACUGGUGUCAAACUUGUAUGUCAUCUCCCAGAUGCUUUCUGCUCGUUUCAGUGGCAACUUACUGGUUAGCCUACUGGGCACUUGGUCUGACACAUCGUCUGGAGGCCCUGCUCGUGCUUAUCCAGUUGGUGGACUUUGUUACUAUCUGUCACCUCCAGAGUCCUUUUCUUCAGUGUUGGAAGACCCUGUCCAUGCAGUUGUUUAUAUUGUAUUUAUGUUGGGCUCCUGUGCUUUCUUCUCCAAGACAUGGAUUGAAGUCUCUGGCUCCUCUGCCAAAGAUGUUGCCAAACAGUUGAAGGAACAGCAAAUGGUAAUGCGAGGCCACAGAGAAACUUCAAUGGUCCAUGAACUAAACAGGUACAUCCCCACAGCUGCUGCAUUUGGUGGCCUCUGUAUUGGUGCCCUGUCUGUGCUGGCAGACUUCCUUGGGGCAAUUGGGUCUGGAACUGGAAUUUUGCUUGCUGUCACUAUCAUUUAUCAGUACUUUGAAAUUUUUGUAAAGGAACAGAGUGAAGUUGGCAGCAUGGGAGCUCUUCUUUUCUAAACCUAGCUUCUCAUGGACCCAGGAAAGAGGGGAGGAACAUUCUCAAAAUAUAGCCAGUCGGGUGAAAAGAAGUAACGUAAACUUGAUAAUGUCAUUCUGUAGGAACACAUAUUUUAAUAAUGUUUCCAAAGCGCAUUCCCUUAUGUUCAGACUUUUCUAGCAUACUGUUUGCAUUUUAUAAAUUGAUGAGGAAAAAAUGCAAAAAAGUUUUUUCUAAAGAAAAAUGUUUUUUAACUAUCUGUUAGGAGAAUCAGCUUUCUGAAUUGGAUUUAGUUCAAUGACUUUGAAAUUUUUUUGAGCCCCU